CCCAAUUAUUUCUUUUUAUUUAUUACCCAGUCCAGUUGAAGCCUCGUCUCUUAGACGUGAAUCUGCUGAAACUCAUAAGUGUGUUGAUUGGGCGAGAGAGAUGAAUCUGAACAUGAAUUCAAUGGAAUCAGUGGUUGCUCAAAUCCAAGGGCUAUCGAGCAAUUCAUCAGACAUAACUCAGCUUCACAACUUUCUCAAACAAUCGGAAGAGCUACUCCAUUCCGACUUCUCUCGCUUGCUUUCUUCUCUCGCUGAACUCGAUCCUUCUAUUCACUCCCUAGGUUUUCUCUAUAUUCUGGAGGCAUGCAUCUCAUUCCCAGUUGCAAAGGAGCAUGUUAGUGAACUGCUUGUUUCUGUCGCUAGAUUUAUCAAUUCAUGUUCUACAGAGCAAAUCCAGUUGGCGCCCAAUAAGUUCAUUUCUGUUUGUAAAAAGUUCAAGGAUCAUGUUUUCGGACUGGAAACUCCGAUUCGUGGUGUGGCUCCAAUGCUGACUGCUAUUCGUAAACUGCAAUCCUCCCCUGAGCAAUUAACAACAUUGCAUGCCGAUUUUCUUCUUCUUUGUCUAUUAGCAAAGUGCUACAAAACUGGCUUCUCUGUGCUGGAGGAUGACAUAUAUGAGAUUGAUCAGCCACGGGAGUUUUUUCUCUAUUGUUACUACGGGGGAAUGGUUUGCAUUGGACAAAAGCAGUUCCGCAAAGCAUUGGAACUCUUGCACAAUGUUGUGACUGCACCUAUGUCUACUCUAAAUGCAAUAGCAGUUGAAGCUUACAAAAAGUACAUUCUGGUUUCACUGAUUCAUCUUGGGCAGUUCUCUACCAGUUUUCCCAAGUACACUUCUUCCGUGGCUCAAAGGAACUUGAAGAAUUUCUCUCAGCCCUACCUGGAGUUAUCAAACAGUUAUGGGACUGGAAGAAUCUCUGAACUUGAAACAUUUGUUCAAACAAACAAGGAGAAGUUUGAAAGCGAUAAUAAUCUUGGAUUAGUGAUGCAAGUAGUGUCUUCUAUGUAUAAGCGCAAUAUUCAGCGGUUAACUCAAACGUACCUAACUCUCUCCCUCCAAGAUAUUGCUAACACUGUCCAGCUAAGAGACCCCAAACAGGCAGAAAUGCAUGUGCUUCAGAUGAUUGAAGAUGGUGAGAUAUAUGCAACAAUCAAUCAGAAGGAUGGUAUGGUUAGAUUUCUGGAGGAUCCUGAGCAGUAUAAAACGUGUGGAAUGAUUGAACAUAUCGAUUCAUCAAUUAAGAGAUUGAUGGCAGUGUCGAAAAAGUUGACGUCUAUGGAUGAACUUAUGUCAUGUGAUCCUAUGUACCUAGGAAAGGUUGGUAGGGAGAGACAGAGAUUUGAUUUUGAUGAUUUUGACGGUGUUCCUCAGAAAUUCACUAUCUGAGACUAGCAAAGUUCAGUUUUCUGAGUAAAUAUGGCAAAUGAUGCUGAUAUGUUCAUUUGAAAUAUAAGCAAACUUUAUUCCAUUGACCUCAAGAAAUGGCUAAGGAAAUAGGUGUAUUUAACUCCUGGUUCAAUCAGUGGUAUCAUGUUUGUUUUAUUUGCCCUUCUGCUUUUCGUUUUGUGUGGGCAGGUUGAACUGCUUGCUCUAGUUUUAUUUUACUAUCUAGCAAGGGAACUGUUUAGUUGUAGUUAGAGGCUAGGAGGAUGAUAAUGUUCAUCUUCUUUAGUGGACAUUGGUGUUUUAGUUAAUUUGUUUUGUAGUAGCAAGUUCCUCGAAUGGUUAGAGAUCUCCCAGUUUUUAGUUAUUACAAAAAUGGAUACCCUUCUUUGUA